CCGAAGAAGACACUUCCUGCAUAUUUCCGGGUGUCCUCUCAGGUAAAUGCUGCAGGAUGGCACAGUGGGGUGCCGUUUUCUCUAUAAUAGCAGCUCUCGGAGGAGCAGCGCUUCUCGCCUCUGUGCACAAAAUUGAUGAAGGACACACUGGAGUUUACUACAGGGGAGGGGCUCUCCUGUUGGCCACCAGCGGCCCUGGCUUCCAUCUCAUGCUUCCAUUCAUCACCACCUACAAGCCUGUGCAGACCACGUUGCAGACAGAUGAGGUGAAAAAUGUACCGUGCGGCACGAGUGGAGGAGUGAUGAUUUACUUUGACCGCAUAGAAGUGGUGAACUAUCUCGUCCCAUCAGCAGUUUAUGACAUCGUGAGGAACUUCACAGCAGAUUACGACAAAGCUUUGAUAUUCAACAAAGUGCACCACGAGCUCAACCAGUUUUGCAGCGUUCACUCCCUGCAGGAGGUCUACAUCGGCCUGUUUGACCAAAUCGAUGAAAAUCUCAAACUGACGCUUCAAGAAGAUCUAACAUCCAUGGCGCCUGGGCUUAUCAUACAGGCGGUGCGUGUCACAAAACCCAACAUCCCAGAAAGCAUCCGAAGAAACUACGAGCUCAUGGAAAGUGAGAAGACAAAGCUGCUGAUUUCCCAGCAGACACAGAAGGUUGUGGAGAAGGAGGCCGAGACGGAGAGGAUCAAAGCUGUGAUAGAGGCCGAGAAAGUGGCACAGGUUGCAGAAAUCAAGUUUGGACAGAAGGUGAUGGAGAAGGAAACGGAAAAGAAGAUCUCUCAAAUUGAAGACCAAGCAUUCGUGGCCCGGCAGAGAGCCAAGGCAGAUGCUGAGUUCUACACAUCACAAAGGUCCGCAGAGGCCAAUAAGGUGAAGUUAACCCCCGAGUACCUGCAGCUGAUGAAGUACAAGGCCAUCGCAGCCAACAGCAAAAUCUACUUCGGUAACGACAUACCUCAGAUGUUUGUGGACUCCGGCUCUGCAGGGAGCUCCAUUACGGCUUCUGCAGCCAUGGACAUCAUCAGUGAGCAGAUGCUGGACCUGGAUUAAGAUGGGAGGCCGGGGUGGGGGUGGGGGGGGACCACGGACCACCCAGGAAUGGAGGGUUGGUAUGAAGGAGGGUGGCUGGCUCGCUGGCUGGCUGGUUCCACAUGCAGGUCUCUCAGGUGCUCUACCGUCUGAGGACCUGGUUUAGUCAGAAUCACUGGUGGGAAUCAUCUUGGAGGACUGACUGGGAUGCACAUUUCUCCAGCUUCACCACAGAAAACAUCUACAUAGGGAAUGGUGAAUUAGAAGAAAAAUGCAGCACUUGUGGGUGUGUGAUAAGCUCCCUUAUGCCGACAUUUAGACUGAAUAAUAAUUAGAAAAACAUGGCAUCGCUGCUGCUCGGCACUAAAGAACUAAACAUCUCGUCAUCGCAGGCGCAGCAAAGACCAUAAAUUCAGUACUUAAGAUUUUUGAUGUUUUUGUGAAUAGAAUUUUUUUUUUUAAGGAAUUUAGUCUAAAAGGAAAAAAAUAUGGGUUGUCUUUGGAUACUUUUUUUGUUUUUUUAAAUUUUGGUGUAAAAAAUUGAUUGAUUGGCAGAGGAAUAUUUGGGAUGGAAACUGCUGACCAGUCAUUGUGCAAGCGUUAACCAGCAGGUUGUUUCAGCUGAUUCGUCUUUUUUUUUUUUCUAUAUAAACAGAUUCCACGUUUUCCCCUUUUUUUUUUUUUUUCAUCUCAUUGAAAAUAUUGAUCAGUAAUCAUAUUCAUCCAGAAAAAUGCUCAGAAGUGGAGAAAACGCUGACAGGAUGCUUUGCUUCACUUAUUUUCAAAGAUAUUUCCACUGAAAACUGCCUCCAGCUUCCUUCUUUAGUGCGUCCACAUGUCUCCUCUUCAUAAAAUAUCUUGUAAAUGGCGUCUUAAACACUAACUGGUAUGAUCAAACAUCACAUUUUUUAAACCCAAUUGGCACAGAUUAACUUUUGCAGUUUUUCUCUCUGAUGGUCCUCCUGAACAUGAGUCCACCGUUAGUUUGGGUGGCUUUUUAGCACGGUGGAAGGAAGAAUUCACAUUUUUCCCAUGAACCUCAUCAAGUAGACUGUAAACAGACUUUUAAAGAUAAAUUAAAACAAUAAAACCAGACAGCUGAUUUUGAGCAACAAGUGAGGAGUAGAACUUCCCGUGAAGGUUGUCAGGAGAUUCUGGCGAGGUCUGUGGCGCAUGUAUCAGCGUUACUGCUGGAAUAGGAGAGAAACCCUGACUUUGAGACGAACCUGCCAGUGGAAAUAUUGUUCUGUAACCAAGAAAAGUGAGGGUGCCAUGUUUGGCCUGGAUCAGCCCCCGGAUCCAUGUGCUCCUCCUCAAGCCCACGGCUGCUCCAGGGAGGGAAGGGUAUGAGAUCCAUCAAAUUAAACAACUUGGAAACAAAACAAACAUUUGAUAUGAAUCCUUUUUAAUCCCGGAAGAAGGCUUGUUUAUUUUUAAUGAGCUGGAUAUUGUCAAAAACGAGGAGAGCAGCCACGACGUCCUUGUUAAAUAAAAACCGAGACCAGAACAGCACACGUUUAUGAAUGUACCUUGGUAGCUGCUCACUGUCCAACCGUGAAGUCACUGCGUUUCGUAGGAGUUGCUCGUGUCGAUCGCUGGGGCCCACUCCAUUCGCGCGCCUGCGUGAAGCUGUUAAACAUUUCCAUGGAACACCGUUUUUCUGUGUAUUUGGUGAAAAGAGACUGUUUAUGUUGGUUUAUGACACAAAUAUCAGCUUUUGUAUUGUACUUUUCUAAACCACAGAAGAUGUGAUAUCUGCUUUUCACCAAUGUCCAGUAAAAAUCUUCUCUAGAUCA